AUGUUGAAUGGAGGAUCGGUUGGGUACUUUGGCGUGGGAAGAGGUCUUAGACAAGGGGACCCAAUCUCCCCAAUGCUUUUUAUCAUAGCUGAAGAGGUGUUAUGUAGAGGGCUGACUAACUUGGUCGCAAAAAAGAGGUUGAAAGCUCUGAACGAUCCAUGUGGUGCUGCUACUCUAGUGCAUAGUCUGUUCACAGAUGACAUCUUUAUUUUCUCCAAUGCCUCGAUCAGAUAUGUGAAGAAUUUAAAAUUAUUCCUUUCAAAGUAUGAGGAUUUCUCAGGUCAGAAAAUUAAUAUUGAGAAAAGUAAGAUUUUUCUUGGCCCUAUUACUGCCCGGAGGAAGCAGGCCAUUAUUGAUGUACUAAAAAUCCCAGUUUGCAACUUUCCCACCAAAUACAUGGGCAUGAAGAUUUUCAAAGGAAGGGUGAGAAAGGAGGCCUUGCUUCCAAUCCUGGACAAGAUCAAAAGUAGAUUGGCAGGGUGGAAAGGAAAUUUGGAAGAGUUAAACUUGCCAAAUGAGGAAGGUGGUUUGGGGCUGAGAAGGUUGAGGGAUAUGAAUAAGGCUACUCUGUGUAGUCUAGCAUGGAGAAUAAAGCAUGAAAAGUCAUUAGCAUACAACUUUCUCAGGGCUAGAUUUCUAAAACGAAAUGGCUCGCUUAGACCUGGUUACAGGGCUUCGUCUAUUUGGCCUGGAAUAAGAAAGGUGUGGGGCCUCAUUGUGGCUAAUGAGAGGUGGAUGGUAGGAAAUGGCAGGAAGAUUGAUUUUUGGAAGGACAAAUGGGUUAAUGGGUUCUCUGUCCAGGAUUUAAUGGAAGACACUGGCAAUCAAGGUCCUUUGACAAUUGAUCGCUUCAUUACCAGCUUCCAGUGGAACUUGCCUCCGGUCCAGUCUUCGACCAUAACUGACAUUUUUGUCUUGAUCAAAGGUGUGUUUGAGGCUGAGAUGGAGGGCCUCAUGGAAGGCUUAAUGCAUGCUAAGGACAUGGAUUUCUUAGCUAGAGAUGCAGCCAAAUCUUGGGCUUCAGUGUCAAAUGUUGCUCUUCCUGGGCAUAUUAUGGAGCUUCUUAGCAGAGAUGCUAAUGGAAGACCAAAUUAUAGAUUCACUUAG